AUGACCAGCAUCCAGGGCUCGAAUGUCCACGAAGCGUUCGCGCUCAUGGCGACGCUCUUGGCCCCGCGCGUGUCCAUGCGGUACCUGAACCUGUGCAAGAAGCUGCUGCAGCGUCGGCAGAUGGAGGAGGUCUUCGAGGAGCGCGCGGCUGCCAAGCGCUGCGCGUUCCCAGGCUGCGCGCAGCUGCUCGCGACCACCACCGGCAAAUUUCGGGUCUCGUUGGCGCGUCACGAGAUUUAUGAGGCCCGAUACGAGCGGCAAUUCUGCUCCCAAAUCUGCCAUAAGAGAGCUCGAGUGUUGCUGGCAACACUGAACCAGAAGCCACCGCAGUUGGUUCCGUCGAUUGUGGAAGUGUUCGGCACGGAUCAGCCCAAUCCACUUGACUAUGAAGAUGAAGACGGCGACAACAACAUUAAAACAAAGGCAAGUGCUGACGCUGGAGACGCGGGAGUCGAGAAGUCCGAGCCAAUGCCGAAGGUCCGAUUGGCUUGGGCCAAGACACAAGAUCUUGGUGUUGUGGAACGGAGGCACUCGACAGCACGUCCGAUGUCGGCUGGUGUUCGUGGUGGGUAUGGUCAUGCGCCUAGUGCUUUAUCGGCAUUGAAAGGUGGCGUUUCGUCCACGUUGAAGGAGAAUGAAGCGCCGACGCAGGUGGACCGCAGCUUCCCAACGCGGGAGCAGGCGACGCUGAUUGAAGGCUACGUGUUUCCCGCACACAAGCAGAAAUUGGCGAAGAAAGUGGAGAAGAUUGUCAAGAAGAGUCAAGAGGAAGGUGACGAUGACGACGAUAUUGUGGUCAGCGACAGCGAUGAGAGCGAUUUGGCUGCCAGUGAUGUGUCUUCCGCUGGCAGCUUUGAGAUUUCUGAUUUCGAUGACGAAGAAGUGGUGACUCUGAAUGAUCUGCCACUGUUCAGCCACCUCUGGGGCUUGCUGUCUAGCUGGAUCACCCACGACACGACACUCUUUGUUGCAGGCAAGCCUAUGCUUGCCAAGAAGUGGGACAAUGAUGAGUUGGAGUUUCUGCCUGAAGGAUUGGACAAGGCUGAGGUUGAUGCUGCGCGCCGCCGUGCACGUCAAAUUCGUUCGGAGAGGUGGAACUCGCUUUCGCUCAUGCUACGCCGUCCACUGCCUCAAGUCGCACUCAAGCUGAAACUUGACAGCGAUCGUUUUGCCAACCACCGCAUUGAUAGGAUCACAGAGACGUUCGCACUUCGUGACGCCAUCGACACUCGGAAUGCGCAUCAGUGGAUUUGCAUUGCAACAAUCUUGAUGCUUGUAGUUUACGACGUCAAACUCGACGAGCUCUUGGAUGGAGAGCGCAGCGAGCAAGUGAAGUCGCUGACCAAUCUGGACGCGUCGGAGCUUUGCCAGUUGCUGCAGUUGUUCUAUGAUGUGCGAAAAGAUAGCGACGUUGCUGUUGACACGGAUGUGGCUCCUGUGGCCGAGGUGGAGGUAAUCGAUGAGAAUGCAGCAAAGGGAGAAGAAGAAGCCAAAGACCAGACAUUUUGCCGAAAGUGCCGUCGUGCAAAAAACAAGUGUGUCUGCGCUAUACGUGCCAAAGCUCCAAUCGACGAAUCGAGUAUCCCAUUGGAAGAGAUGUUACAGGAGGCACUCGUGUUACGUGACGAGUUACUCCGUCCAGACGAUUAG